CAGUUGCACGUGUGCGUGUGUUUGGGGCGUGUGCGUUUAUGUGUGAGGAGGAAGGCACCUCGGGGUGGAGGGGCGGAGUGCAGACAACAGAACAGCGGACGGAGUUUUUAUUGGAGGACCCAGUUUGUGUGGAGACCCGGACCAGGACGGUCGAUCCGCCCGCGCGCGCCCUGGACACGACCGUUGAGCCGCGAGCCGCCCUCCGGUGACCACGGUCGUCACGCACGGGUGGAGGGGAGACGCGUAUCGACUUACUUUGCCACCGACUUCACUGGCAUCUUGAAGCCGUAGACAUGUGGAAGUCUGUAGCCCGUGAAGAGACAUUUAAAGGACGACCUCUGCGAGAGGUGGUUAACGUGGUUGGCUCGGUCGAGACCUCCCGCUGGAGUUGUUUCCUUACGCUCCUUGAGUGUGUGCGUGCGUACCGAGGCUGUGUUGGAGAUGGUUAGUGGAAAUGCACCACCGGUGUUGAAGAAGAAGAAGAAGAAGAAGAAGAAGAAGAAGAAGAAGAAGAAGAAGAAGAAGAAGAAGAAGAAGAAGAAGAAGAAGAAGAAGACACUGCACUGACCGUUUCAUCUCCUCACUGUCGCUGCACGUUGGUUUCUUCCACUAAUUGCUGCUUUGUAAGGGAGUUAUGUGAACCCACAGCAUAUACAGGAACGGCUGCAACAAGGAGGGGUGCUGGCGAGACCAGAGGGUUUCAUUGUCUCCAGAGGGAACACCAUGGCCUUAGCGGGAUGCCCUGACUACUUCCUACAUCACUCAAACUACCAGGAAAGCAUGGACCGCACUUCCUCUCGCCGGCCCGAGGAGCUGAUUGUUCCAGGCUUUCAGCGGUCGGCCAAUCAAGACUUGCCACAUCACCAUGAGGACGAUGUGGACCUGGAGCAGCUGGUGAACGACAUGAACUCCUCCAUGGAGAGUGUUUACUAUACGCAGGCAGACACGGCGCUGCUCCUGAACAACGUGCACGUGCCCGCUCCUCCUCACCACCACCACCACCACGUGCACCCUGCCUACCCGGGACACGCCCAGGCCCACCGUCGCCACACCCCGCCCCUUUCCUCCCCCUCCAGGGAGAGGCUGCGGCACUCCCAGCCCAUGCACAUCCAGGCCGUCAGGUGUCUGCAGGAAGAGCAUCUGCUGCGUCCGGCCUCCCUGCCUGCCAUCCCCAACCCGUUCCCUGAGCUCUGCAGCCCGGCAGGCUCCCCCGUUCUCAGCCCCAUUCUGACCUCCGACAACCACAUAGUGAAGGUGUGGAGCGAGGAUGGGGCCGGUAAAGUGGUGGAGAUCCCAGCAGACAUGACGGCCAGAGAUGUGUGUCAGCUCCUGGUCUACAAGAGCCACUGUGUGGACGACAACGCCUGGACACUGGUGGAGCACCACCCCAUCCUUGGCCUUGAGAGAUGUCUGGAGGACCACGAGCUGGUGGUUCAGGUUCAGGCCUCCAUGAGCAGCGACAGUAAAUUCCUCUUCAGGAAGAACUAUGCCAAAUAUGAAUUCUUCAGGAACCCCCUGAACUUUUUUCCAGAGCAGAUGGUGGCAUGGUGUCAGGAGUCUGAUGGCUCAAUCCCUCAGUCACAGCUCUUACAGAACUUCCUGAACUCCAGCAGCUGUCCAGAGAUCCAGGGCUAUCUGUCUGUGAAGGAGCCCGGACGCAGGUCCUGGAAGAACUCUACAUGUUCCUGCGGGCGCUCCGGGCUCUACUACUCUACUAAAGGAACGUCCAAGGAGCCCCGUCACCUGCAGCUGCUGUCGGAUCUGGAGGACAGCAAUUUCACCAUCAUCUCGGGCAGAAAACUCCACAACGCUCCCACAGAUUACCAGUUCUGCAUCAAGCCCAGCAAAGUGAGGAGCGACUGCAAGGAGCUCAAGAUGCUGUGUGCCGAGGACGAGCAGAGCCGGACCUGCUGGAUGACGGCCUUCAGGCUGCUCAAGCACGGGAUACUACUGUACCAGAGCUACAACGUUCCCCGGCAGAGGAAGUCUAACCUCUCGCCUUUCUCUGCCCCCGUGCGGAGUGUAUCUGAGAACUCUCUGGUCGCGAUGGACUUCUCGGGGCGGACCGGCCGCGUCAUCGACAACCCCGUCGAGGCCCAGAGCGCCGCCCUGGAGGAGGGACAGACCUGGAGGAAACGGAGCCAGCGUAUGAAUGUCCUGGGCAGUCUCAGCCCGCUGCACCCGUCCUCUCUGAGCACAGUGAUCCACAGGACCCAGAUAUGGUUUCAUGGUCGCAUCAUGAGAGAGGAAGCCCACAAAAUGAUCAUUCAGCAAGGCCAAGUAGACGGAUUAUUCCUGUUGCGGGACAGUCAGAGUAAUCCCAAGGCGUUCGUGCUCACCUUGUGCCACCACCAGAAGAUCAAGCACUUCCAGAUCCUGCCGUGUGAGGAGGACGGUCAGGUGUUCUUCAGCCUCGACGACGGCGCCACCAAGUUCACCGACUUGAUCCACCUGGUGGAGUUUUACCAGCUCAACAGAGGAGUGCUGCCCUGCAAGCUCAAACACCCGUGCACCGCCGUGGCCUUGUGACACUCCACGCCCCCCACAACACCUCCGACCCCCUUUUUUUGCACACCUCUCACCCUGAGAUCCCAAUUCCCCCCCCCCCCAUCUGCCUCUCCCUCGCCGACGCAAUGAGGAGAUAGAGAAGAAGUUAAGUCAAGUUUUGGGGACGUGAACAACUGGGCAGGAGCCUGCAUCGGCGGUUUGAUUCCCCCCCCCCCUCAACGCCUUACCGCUGUGUGGAUGUCAGAACGGGGCACCGUUUGGACAGUUCAAGCGAAGCAGAUUGUGGACCCAGUGUUGUCACGGAGACUCGGUUGUUUUUGUCAUGGCCGUUUUGACCCCGGAGGAGAGACCACGUGCCGUGAAAACACAAGGUGGCUACGGUCGGUUCAGCAGCAGGGCUGCGGGUCUCUCGGAUGGAUCCCUCCCUCAGAGUCCCUCAACCUUCAAACCCCGCCGAACCUCCCUCAUCCUCCAGCCCUGAUAAGCUGUGGUGACCCC